AUGGCACCCCUUCCUGCCACUCCCAGCUCUUCAAAGCCUAAACUAGCACCACCAAAGACAGCUCCAGCACAAGGAAGGAUGACCAGGCUUCGAGCCGCCAAGGAGAACACCGCCAGUCCCGCCAUUGCUGCGGUCAAACCUACCGGCCUGUUGGCAAGAAGUUUGAGGACCGUGUCUGAUAGGAUGAAAGAGAAGGAAAGGGAGAGGGAACGAAAGCUCACUGCUUCUACCUCUUCUGGGACUAGUGGCUGUUCGGAGAGUCUUCAGGCAUUUCUGAGGAUCCGGCCACCUCCUUCUGACGGGGAUGGCACGAGAGUCAGACCAUACCUCGAAACGCAAGGUGAUAACGAGGUCAUCAUGAGGGCUCCUAUCGACCCGAAUCGACCCCACAUCCCAAAACCACCUCAUAUAUACUCGUUCGAUCGCGUGUUUCCAAGCUUAACUUCUCAAUCAGCCUUCUUCACCCAAACAGCCCUACCACUAGUAGACAAAUUGCUAAAUGGGGAAAAUGGAUUACUGUUCGCCUAUGGUGUCAGUAACAGUGGAAAGACGUAUUCCAUCUCAGGAGGUCAGAGUGAUGCUCCGGAAGAUCGGGGUGUAUUGCCCAGAGCGAUAGAUGUGGUUUUCAAUUCUAUCAAGGGUUUUGAGACUAAAAGAAAUCUUCGAUGUACUGGCUUAGCAGAUGUGGAACUCGUUGAUCGUGAUGAACAUGCUGGAAUGUUGGCUGUUUUACCCCUUGAGAAAGAGGGUAGGGUAUCCGAUGUCUGCAGGAUGGAUCGAGACUUUUCUUAUGCCGUCUUCGUUUCCUACGCCGAGGUAUAUAACGAAAAAAUCUUUGAUCUCCUGGAAUCAGUCUUACCCUCCUCUUCAUCCCCCACAUCCUCUACCUUCCAACCCGCCGGCAUGAAACGCACCACUUCCACGGUCGGUCUCUCAAACCACGUAGCAUCCAGUAUGGCUUUGGCCGCUAUGGCCAAUGGUGGUGCCGGUGUUCUAAAGAGACACGCUUUGUCACUCAAGAAUGAUCCCGAAGGCAACGGGAAAUAUAUCGCAGGUCUGAAUGAAAUCCGCGUCAGGACACGGGAGGAAGCUCUCGCUGUUCUUCGUGCUGGUCAAAGAGCUCGACAGGUCUUCGGAACUCUUGCAAACCGUGAAUCUUCCCGUUCUCAUGGGAUCUUCACUAUCAAGAUCGUGCGAAUCCAUAAUGGUGCUCCUGAAGACCCUGACUCGGCCUCGGUAUCGCGACUGGCUAUCGUCGAUCUUGCGGGCUCGGAAAGGACUAAAAACACCCAGACAACAGGUGACAGACUCAAAGAAGCCGGAAAUAUCAACAAGUCUCUGAUGGUCCUGGGUCAAUGUUUAGAAGUGCUGAGAUCGAAUCAGCAGAAACUCGCCACUCCUAUUCCUCCAGGGAGUAAGAGAAAACUAGCUAUGGUACCAUUUAGACAUUCCAAGUUGACGGAGAUCUUCCAGAACUUCUUCGUUGGUGACGGGCGAGCUGUCGUCAUGGUUCAUGUCAACCCAUAUGACACCGGUUUCGAUGAAAACUCGCACGUCAUGCGAUUCUCUGCCAUCGCCAGGGAUAUCCAAACUACCGCCAUGAAUCCUCCCAAGUCUGGGUUCCCGCUCUUGAAAAGACAGAUAAGCACUCAGUUCUCAGCCUUCAAGCACGCUGUAAGCGGUCCAAUGAAGAUCAAGGUGGUGGUUCCUGUACUCCCGCAGGAUAAGGGCAAGGACAAGUUUGUCACUCAUCCCUUCGUUGGUCGGAGUAGGGAGACAGAUGACUUUGUGAUGGUGGAAGAGGAAUUGGAGGUGGUGGAGGAAAGUGAGAGUGAUGAUGAGGAAGAGAAGGAUUGGUUAGUGGAACAUUUGUUUGAGCAACUGAGGGAGUAUAAGACGAGAUUGUACGAAUCAGAGAUGCGGAACGCUAUUAUCGAGAUCGAAGUUCGGGAAGAAGUGACCAAGGAGAUGCAAGAGCAGAUGCAGAAAAUGCAUGUGGAGUAUUCUCAAAGAUUUGCAGAUCAAGUCCAAGCGAGCGAACUCAAGACCGAUCGAAAGAUUGAUAUCCUCUCUCGAACACUCACACCGGGUCCAUCCCGUCUUAGACCGAGAGACGACGAAUCAUCCGAUAUUUCCCAAGCGGAUAUGUCGUUAGAUGUGGGGGACGAAAGCUUCGAAUCGGCUUAUUCGGGAGAGGCAAGUGUAUUAGAUCCGUUCGUCGUCAAACCUUUGGUGACGGUCAUUCCUGCCAUUGCCAUCAAUGGUCAAGGUCAGAGCUCUACCCACCAGCUUCAGGGUCGAGCAAAACAUGCGCCUGACCAACCUGAUGAUAUCAACAGACAAGAUCAAGGACGGAUGGAUAACGACCUGACGGAUGACGAUGAUGGUGAAGAAGACGAGGACGAUGAGGUGACGGAGGAAGAUGAAGACGACAGUGGUGAAGAAGACGAAGACGAAAGUGAGGAAGAAGAGGAACAGGAAGAAGGAACAAAAGAUGGAAGAGAGAUCGACGAAAACGAAUCCGAUAUGACAUACGACGAAACUUCCAUUUCUCUAAUUCAAGAUGAAGUCGAAUCUUCUUUCUCCGUAUCGGAUCUUGACAGUGUGUCUAUAUCAUCUGAUGAACCCAGUCGUAAAACUCCAAAUAGGGGGAAGAGAAUGUCUUCUGUGAAGAAUACUUCUGUCAAGAAGAAUGUACCUCAACUUGUGUCUCCUACCAAGUCAAUCUCGUCUGUGAUGCGCACACCAGGUCGAGGGAUACGGUCACCUGUCAAAACUGGGCAGGCAGUGGGGACACAUGUUUCGAGCACGGUCAAAGAUCAGCAGAAAAAAGGGGAUGAAAUACGGGAUGAAUCAGGAGUGUUAAGUGAGAGUAAAACUCAAGAAACCAUGGAUAGUGAUGAAGAUGUUUUGCCUUUGAAAGGAAGUACGAAGAAGAAACGGACAUUGGGAAAGAAAGUGAUCACAGAAGAGGAGAUGGACAUGGGAACGGGGUUGGUAAAAGGCACGAAUGUCAGACGAUUGAUCAAGACUUUUCAAUGA